GAUAUGAAGCAUCAUCUGGAUUUCUUACUGCAGAAGCCUGAUUCAUGCAAGCACAGCUCUUCCCACAGCAAGAAGGAGAAAAUGGCUCCAGCCCAGAGAGUUAGCCACAAGAAAGUCCAGAAAUGGGCUGACUGUUUGGAGAACCUGUUACAUCAUAACAGUGGGCUGGCUGCUUUCCGGGCUUUCCUCAAGUCUGAGUACAGUGAGGAGAAUAUUGAGUUCUGGGUGAGCUGUGAGGAGUACAAGAAAACCAAAUUGCCAGCCAAGCUUAGCCCCAAGGCCAGGAUGAUUUACGAUGAGUUCAUCUCUUUGCAGGCUACUAGAGAAGUAGCCUGUGCUAAUCUCUCCCUCCCUUCCUGCACAUGGGAAGUGACCAGCCACAAUGUUCUCAAGCCCACCCUGUUGUGCUUCAAUGAGGCUCAGAGAAAAAUCUUCAUCCUCAUGGAGAAGGAUUCUUACUGCCACUUCCUCAAAUCUCACUUCUACCUUGACUUGGUCAGCCCAUCUACAACUACUUGUGCGACUGAGAGCCACAAAAGAGCUACGUCUCCCGCCUUAGCCUGCUCCUCCUCUCUGGUCCCUCAGUGUGCUUAG